GCUUAGUAGUCUGGUUGACAUUCCACAGUUGUCUGCAGCUGAUGUUUGUUGUUGUUACGUGCUGCACCGGUAAAAAUGAAGAGAGUGUUCAGUUUAGCUGAUAAGUCCCAUGGACAAGGAGGAAUCUUUUACAGAUGGCAGAAGAAACUUGGAAAUUACCUGGCUACCACAGGAUCUGACCAUGUAGUAAGAAUUUAUGACAGACAUGGGGAACUUCGUGAGGAAAUCAACCUGCCAGGAAUGUGCACUGGACUUGGCUGGGACUUGGAUGGUGACAUUCUGGCAAUUAUAUGUGAAAAAUCUCACGCCAUUCUUCUGUGGGACAGUAACAAACAAAGGAUAUCACAGAUUGACAGCGGACUCAAAGACACACUGACAUUUCUGAAGUGGUCAGAAAAGGGACCCCAGCUGGCAGUCGGCACACAGAAAGGCAAUCUUAUGAUCUACAAUCAUCAAACUUCUAAGAAAAUUCCAAUAAUUGGCAAACAUACGAAGAAGAUUACGUGUGGUGCUUGGAGUGCGGAAAACUUGCUGGCUCUAGGUAGCGAGGACCGCUCGAUCAGCAUCAGCAAUGCGGAGGGUGACACUGUUCGGCAGACCACCCUCAGAGGUGAACCCAUGGAGAUCUAUUUCUCAGAGAUGAAGGGCGAUGAACGCAGUGUGACUGGAGAAAAUACGGUCAGUGUAGUGGUGGGUAAGAAGACGCUGUUUCUUUAUAACAUCAAUGAUCCAGAAAAUCCCAUUGAGCUCGCCUUUCAAGAAAGAUACGGCCACAUUGUCUCCUACAAAUGGUAUGGUGAUGGCUAUAUUUUAAUAGGAUUCUCUAGAGGGUUUUUUGUUGUGAUUUCCACUCACCUAAAGGAAAUUGGCCAGCCUGCUGAUAUUGGAAAUGGAAAAACAUCUGCCUUGGAACUGUUUCAAGCGAGAAACCACAAGGACAAUCUGACUGGGAUCGCCAUUUCCACAUCGCUGGGAAAAGCAGCUUCAUGUGGUGACAACUGUAUUAAAGUGCACAACCUGUCUGACCUGAAGGAGAUGUAUGCAAUAGUGACACUUGAGGACGAGCGUGGCCUGGACGAUAUCUCGUGGACAGAUGACGGUCAGCUUCUGGCCGUAUCCACUCAACGGGGUAAUCUUCAUGUCUACCUGGCCAGGCUUCCGAUGUUGGCGUCCACGUCACAGACAUGCAUCGCGCAUCUCACGUCCCUGCUGGAAGUUACAGUGGAGGAUCCUGUGGCACAGGAACCACCGAUGACACUAGCCAUUGAAGUUGAACCAACUUUCCUUGGGGUUGGACCAUAUCAUCUGGGUGUUGGGAUGAACAACAGAGCCUGGUUUUAUCUACUUAACAAUGAAGGUCCAGCGAAACCAAAAGACCGAGAGUACUUGGGAACUGUUCAGUCUAUUGCUGUGAAUGCAGACUAUGCUGCGGUCAGCUUUGAAGGAAAAGUUCAGCUUCAUAUGAUUGAUGGUGAAAUGACUGAUACAAUGGAUGAGAGAGAAACCCGACUGUUCCCGGAUAAAGAACAUAAAGAUGUCCGCAUCACCUGUCAUGACCUGACACCUGAGUUUCUCAUAUUUGGCACAGAUAAAGGAAACAUAGAGUACUUCUUUAUUGAAGACUGGGAGUUUGUGAAUCAGUACCGCCAUGUGACCGGUAUUCGCAAGGUGUAUCCUGAUCCCAGUGGCACGAGACUCAUCUUCAUUGACGACAAAUCUGAAGGCUUUGUGUACAAUCCAGUGAUGGACAGUGUGAUCAACAUCCCAGAAUUGUCAUCAGCUACACAAGGAAUACUUUGGGACAACAGCUCAUCAGAAAAGGCUGUGUUUGUGGCCUAUGACAGUGAACAGAUUCACUCAUAUGUGUAUUGCCGCGAGUCUGUGAAGGGUACGCCACACAUCACGUCACAUUAUAUGGGGUAUUAUGAACCAGCAAAUUUUGGGGCCACAGUUUGUUCCCAGGUCCUUUAUGUUGGCUCCAGCAGACUUCCGUUUGGUCAGGUUCCUAUCCUGCUUUACAAUGGGGAAAUCACUCUGCAAACACAGAACGGCAAGUUGGGAACAUUGCUGCUGGAUACUCACACCAAUAUCUUCAAUGAGGAUGCACACAAUCUACCUCCACCAGAGAUGCAAACAGCUGCUCAGCAGUGCAUUGCUUUGCGGCGUUUUAAGGAUGCUUGGAUCUAUUGUGAACAGCUGAAGAGCACUCCACUUUGGCAGGAUCUCGGCAAAACUGCUUUACAGAACCUAGACCUGGAUUUUGGUAUCCGUGUGUACAGAUACAUUGGAGAUGCUGGAAUGGUUUCCUCACUGCAGAAAGUUAAGGCUUUAGAAGACAAGAACCUUCUGUCUGGUUACAUUGCCAUGUUUCUGUCAGAGUUCAACGUGGCUCAGGAUCUCUUCCUAGCAUCAAGUUACCCUCUUGCUGCUCUUGAGAUGAGGAGGGACCUGCUCCACUGGGACAGUGCCCUGCAGCUGGCCAAAGCGCUGGCUCCGGAGCAGAUUCCUUACAUCUCUCGCGAGUAUGCCCAGCAGCUGGAGUUCACGGGGGACUACAUGAACGCGCUGCAGCAUUACGAGAAGGGCAUCACCAAGGACGGGAAGGAGGAGCACAAUGAGGUCUGUGAAGCGGGAAUCGCACGCAUGUCCAUCAGAAUGGGAGAUAUUCGCAGAGGUGUCACUAUGGCAACCAGAAUGCCAAGCAAGAUAUUAAAGAAAGAGUGCGCUGCAAUCCUGGAAAGUAUGAAGCAAUGGUCGGAAGCUGCCUUGUUGUACGAGGAGGGCCACUAUUAUGAUAAAGCUGCAUCAGUGUACAUUCGAGGCAAAAACUGGUCAAAGGUUGGUGAUUUGCUUCAGCACAUCACAUCACCAAAGAUCCAUGCCCAGUACGCCAAGGCCAAAGAGGCUGAUGGAAGAUACAAGGAAGCAGCUGAAGCGUAUAGGAUGGCCAAGGAAUGGGACAAUGUCAUCAGAAUCAACUUGGACUUCCUGCAGAACCCAGAGGAAGCUGUGAAGAUUGUCAGAGAUACUCAGUCCACUGAAGGAGCCAAGAUGGUGGCCAAGUUUUUCCAGCAAUUGAACGACUAUGGUUCUGCUAUCCAGUUCCUGGUGAUGUCCAAAUGUAACGACGAGGCGUUUCAGCUUGCUCAGAGUCACAACCAGAUGGAGAUCUAUGCAGAUAUCAUCGGUUCGGACGCUACUCCUGAAGACUACCAGAGUAUAGCAGUUCACUUUGAGAAUGAGAAAAAUCAUUUUCUUGCUGGCAAGUUCUUCCUGCUCAGUGGACAGUACAGUCGGGCUAUGAAACAUUUCCUGCGCUGCAGUGGAGAAGACAGCCAGGCCAUCGAACUGGCGAUAGAAACAGUGGGACGCGCUAACGACGACCAGCUGACUCGACAGCUCAUUGAUUUCCUCAUGGGGGAGACCGACGGAAUACCCAAGGAUGCCAAGUUUUUGUUCAGACUGUACAUGGCUCUAGAACAGUAUCCCGAGGCUGCACGAACAGCCAUUAUCAUUGCCAGAGAAGAACAGAAUGCAGGUAACUACAGAAACGCUCAUGAUCUACUGUUCAGUAUGUACCAAGAGCUGAAGGAAAACAAGAUUAAGAUACCCACAGAGAUGGCAACCAACUUGAUGAUCCUUCACAGUUACAUACUGGCCAAGAUUCAUAUCAAAAGAGGUGACCAUUUGAAGGGAGCAAGAAUGCUGAUUAGAGUCGCUAACAAUAUCAGCAAAUUUCCAUCACAUAUUGUCCCACUGCUAACGUCCACUGUUGUUGAAUGUCAGCGAUCAGGCCUGAAGAACUCUGCAUUCAGCUAUGCAGCCAUGUUGAUGCGGCCUGAAUACCGGAAUGACAUUGACCUCAAGUACAAGAAGAAGAUAGAGCAGAUUGUGAGGAAACCCGACAGAACGGAGGAGGAUGAGCCUCUCACACUGUGCCCCAUCUGCAGUUUCCAGCUGCCCGAGACAGAACUCAUCUGUCCUGAGUGUAAAAACAACCUGCCUUACUGUAUUGCAACAGGUCGUCAUGUGCUGAAGGAAGAUUUAACGGCUUGUCCCAAGUGUGACUUUCCAGCAAUAUUUACGGAAUAUAUCAAACUUCUUGAAACUGAAACAAACUGUCCAAUGUGUAGUGAGAAAAUCAUGAAAGAAAAUCUUCGGAAGCUAGCCGAUGCCAACCCCUACUUGUCUCCUGGUGCUGCUACUGACGACAAUGUUGCUGAAUAAACUGACCAGUCAGAUGGGUUCUACUGUCAACGAUGUACAAGUUAUUCCGUCCAAUUACUUAAGCAAACUUGCACAAUACACAUUCAUUGCUAACCCAUGAGCACUACAAUUUGGAGAAUGUUAUCUUGUCACUGGAUGCUUUUAGCUUUAAAAGAGCAGUGAAUAAUUCACAAAGUAGACGGCAACAGUUUCCGAGUCAUUGAAUUUACUAACAGGUAAAUUUACUUCACCGUAGACAGUGUCCUUCCUGUGAAGAAUUUAGUUUUCAUCUUCUGAAGAACUGAUUAAGUUUUUUGUAACUUUAUUUUGUUCUCUUCUAAAAAUUACAGCAACUAAAAAAUGGUGGACAGGCAUUUGACUAUAAUCAGCCAAACAGAAGUGUGAAGUAUUAUGUUGCUGCAUUUGUAAAAUGAGUUGCAAAUUUUAACAUUUCAGGAAGUUUGGAAUAAAUUUACAUAUUAACACUAUAUGACAUAUUGAAUUCACUUUAUUGUGUUUAUCUUUAAAAUUCAUUCACAAAAUCAUUUUUAUUUAGAACAAAUCGGCAUGUAUUGAAUAUGAAUGACCAAGAGACUGUUAUUAUGUAACACGAUUAUCUAAAUUUCAGCAAUACUGACUGUCACUUGUUAUACAUAAAAAAUAAUUUAUAUUUUUCAAACAAAUCAAUUCUAAUGAUUGUUAGUUGUUCAGUUUAAACUCAAAGAUAUAAUUAAUGUCUUACUGUAGGAGGCCGUAUGAUGGCUUUAUUGUUUCUUUUGUACAUUGUUCUGUGUGACGACAUUCCACAUUUACUGUGAUACCUAUAGCAUCCUUGUCCAGUUAUUAAAUUAUUUAUGACAGA